UCUAAAACCCUCCCUAAGAUCGCAAACGAGUUAAAAGGGUAAUAUAUUCCCACCUUUAAACUUCAGACUCCCAGAUCUCCGUAGUGUCCUCAUCCAGUGUGGAUUACGUUACUGGUAAAACAUCCCAGGAAAGAGUCCAAUGUGGCGGCUCCCUGUUAGGAGAGUGUCCAGAGUUGACAGGCAGACUUUCCUGUUUUGUUGCUCCUGGCUCGCCCCCUUUUCCCUCAGAAAGGUUGCUGAUACGAAUGGGCGGCUUCUGCCUCUUCCGCGACCGCCUUUGAGACUCCAGAGCCUCGCCUGAAUUUUCCAGAGAGAGACAGAGAGGGAGGCAACAGACUCCUUCCGCCGUCCGCAGAGGACGGUCCUGGGGCAGGAGAGUUGGGGAGGGAGUGAGACCAGAGCUGUUGCCCAGAACCCGGAGGGAGCGAGGAGGAGACGCUUUGCCAGACAGAGGCGCGUCGCUGAGAACUCAAACUUUGGCGGCAACCACCCUGAGGCUGAACGUGACAAAGCAAGAAGAUGGCCAAGAUUAACACCCAGUUCUCCCACCCUGCAGUAAGGACCACGGACAGAGAUCUUGACCACGUUGAAAACGGCCUCAGCAGGGUCCACUCGCCGAGCGAGGAGACUUCGUCAGAACUGCAGCAGAUCGCCAUGGAGACCAGAGGACUGGCGGAGUCCAGGCAAAGCUCCUACACCAGCCAGGGCCCCGCCAGGAUGUCUCGCCUGAUCAUCUCACUGCGAGCCUGGACUACCAGGCACUUACACCAUGAGGCCCAGAGAAGAGACUCCUUCCUGGAGCGUUUCCGUGGAGCUGAGCUCAAGGAGGUGUCCAGCCAAGAAAGCAAUGCCCAGUCAGAUGUGGGCAGCCAGGAGCCACCAGAGAGAGGGAGAAGAAACAAGGACAGCGUGGUGGUGGACCCCUCCAGCAACAUGUACUACCGCUGGUUGACUGUCAUUGCCCUGCCUGUCUUCUAUAACUGGUGUCUGCUGGUGUGCAGGGCCUGUUUCGAUGACCUGCAGUCUGAGCACGUGAUGCUGUGGCUCGUCCUGGACUACUCGGCAGAUGUCCUCUAUGGCUUGGAUGUGCUGGUGCGAGCCCGGACAGGCUUCCUUGAGCAAGGCUUGAUGGUCAGGGAUGCCCAGAGGCUUUGGAAGAAUUACACAAAGACCAUGCACUUCAAGCUGGACAUGUUGUCCCUGGUCCCCACAGACCUAGCUUAUUUUAAGUUGGGUAUAAACUACCCAGAACUGAGGUUCAACCGCCUACUGAAGUUUGCCCGGCUCUUUGAGUUCUUCGACCGCACAGAGACAAGGACCAACUACCCCAAUUUGUUCAGGAUCGGGAACUUGGUCUUGUACAUCCUCAUUAUCAUCCACUGGAAUGCCUGCAUCUACUUUGCCAUUUCCAAGUUCAUUGGUUUUGGGACAGAUUCCUGGGUGUAUCCAAACAUCUCAAACCCAGAGUAUGGACGCCUUUCCAGGAAGUACAUUUACAGUCUCUAUUGGUCCACCUUGACCCUGACCACCAUCGGGGAGACCCCACCCCCUGUGAAAGAUGAGGAGUAUCUGUUUGUGGUCAUAGACUUCCUAGUGGGCAUCCUGAUUUUUGCCACCAUUGUUGGCAAUGUGGGCUCCAUGAUCUCAAACGUGAAUGCUUCACGGGCCGAGUUCCAGGCCAAGAUUGACUCUAUUAAGCAGUACAUGCAAUUCCGCAAGGUGACCAAGGACUUGGAGACACGGGUAAUCCAGUGGUUUGACUACCUGUGGGCCAACAAGAAGACGGUGGAUGAGAAGGAGGUGCUCAAGAGUCUCCCAGACAAACUGAGGGCCGAGAUCGCCAUCAAUGUGCACCUGGAGACUCUGAAGAAGGUCCGCAUCUUCCAAGACUGUGAGGCAGGGCUGCUGGUAGAGCUUGUGCUCAAGCUGCGGCCGGCAGUGUUCAGCCCAGGGGAUUACAUCUGCAAGAAGGGGGAUAUCGGGAGGGAGAUGUACAUCAUCAAAGAGGGCAAGCUGGCUGUGGUGGCUGAUGAUGGGAUCACCCAGUUCGUGGUCCUCAGUGAUGGGAGUUACUUUGGGGAGAUCAGCAUCUUAAACAUCAAGGGGAGCAAGUCAGGGAACCGCAGGACAGCCAACAUCAGGAGCAUCGGCUACUCAGACCUGUUCUGCCUUUCCAAGGAUGAUCUGAUGGAGGCUCUCACUGAAUACCCAGAAGCCAAGAAGGUCCUGGAGGAGAAGGGACGGCAGAUCCUGAUGAAGGACAACCUGAUUGAUGAGGACAUGGUCAAGGCCGGGGCGGACCCCAAGGAUAUCGAGGAGAAGGUGGAGCACCUGGAGUCCUCCCUGGAUGCCCUGCAGACCAGGUUUGCACGGCUCCUGGCUGAGUAUAAUGCCACCCAGAUGAAAGUGAAACAGCGUCUCAGUCACCUGGAAAGCCGGGUGAAGAUCUGUGGGAGUGACCCUCUGUCUGACGGGGAUGCUCCUGGGGAGGCUGAGAAAACAGAGACCAAACAAGAGUGAAAGGCAGAGGUCCGUGCAUGUCCUCCUUCCCAGAGUCAGCUGUUGGUGUGAUGCACAGUGGCCGCAGCUGAACCGCCCAGGACUCGGUGAGGUUGCAUUCCCAUUCUCCUUACCCUUUGUAGGCCAUGUGGCCCUGGGAGAGAGCCUCAGUUUCCUCAUUUAGGAAGGGGUCUCAUCAUGUCAGCCCCAGUUAAGUGGCAGGUUAUUGUGAUAUCCCCAUGGAACACUUGCAUGGGGCAGGGUUUGGUACAGUGUGAGGUGUCCCCAGUCCACGAAUACAAAAGUGUGCGCACAGAACCCUUAUUUUUUUUAAUCCAUGGGGAAUUUUUAGACUUUUGAACUUUAUUUUCUUGUAAAUGGAAGAUUAGUUAGUCAUCCACCCCCUCGCACAGCCCAUGCCACCACCUUCUGAUAAGAGAGAUGUAACAGAAGCUAGAAGUACAACCUGGGAUCUCAAAUUCAACCUUACAUGAGACAGUCUAGGGCACAUUUCUGAAUCUCAUUUCUCCUAGCGUGCUCUUUGGGAUUCUAGAAAUCCUGGCCUUUGGUCGUGCUAUGAUAAGCAUAAGGGAUGAAGCCAAGUCGCCCCAUUUGAGGUCACUUCGAGCCUUUGAAGCAAACCCAGACCCCCUGCCAUCCAGCCCCCGUGAACCCGGAAUCGAUUUCACAGAAAAGAACAUCUCUAUGAGGGAAAGAAACAUCUCCUUCUAAUUCACCAAAGGGGUUUGAAGACAGCCUCUCCCCUUGUUCCUGAGUCAGGAACAGGGGCAGCCUGUUCUGGCUUGAGGGGGAGAGUUAUGUUCAGGGGAGAGCCUUUCAGGUUGGAGGUGGGGGUCCUUAGUCAAGCAAAGCUGCCAACUAGAACUUUUAGAAGAUCAGACCUUGAGGCGGUAUCUUUGCAAACUGCCUCUCCAUUCAAAGAGGAAGCCUCACUCUCCCUUGGAAUUAUAUCCAGCGGCAAAGCUCUCAUCUAGGCGGAAGUGUGCGCAGGACAGGACCUCGCUUUUUACUUUUUUUAUCCAGUAAAUAGAAUUCCAUUAUCAUUGUAUAAGAUAUUUCUAUAUUUGGGCUCUAUGAUUGUGAAUUAUAACCUUAAGGGCCUAUCCUUCACUUAAAUACACAUUGUAAAUUAUCCAAAGGUGAGUCAUUCUUCUGAUACAGAGAAGCUGUAUGUGAAGGUUUCCUUCUCUUUUCUCUUUCUCCUUUCUUUUCCUCCUCCCUCUCUCCCUCCCUGCCCCCACCUUCCUUCCUUCUGUCUUUCUCUUCUCUUCUCUUCUCUUCUGACUUCUCUUCUGCUUCCUCUUUCUUCUCAGAAAAAAAAAUGCCCCAUUUUGCUUCAGGAACUUUGAAGUUUCUAUGGUCUGAUGUUAUAAUCCAUAUGCUCCAUAACUAGGCCCUAAUGUAGUUCAUACAAAAGGUGCUGCAUUUUCAAGUAUGUAUUUUGGAUUUAUAUGGGUCUCUUCUGGUUUUUAUUAUGGAUCAUUUAGCCAUUUUAACUUUCUAAAAUGAAUUUAAAAGGACUAUUAAAGGAAGAUGUGAUCCAAGCUCAUACCACCAACAAAUUGUAACUAGCAAUGUAUUCUCAAAAUGCAUAUAUUUUAAAAGCCUUAACGAUUAAUUAUACAUACGUUUAUAUUUGCACAGGAAAAAUAGAGACGUGGAUUAAAAAUACAUUGAAUGACUCCUUCUUCAUAUUUUAUCAAAGGGGAGAUUUAGUUCUGGGAUAUGUGUCUAAGGCAGUGAGUAAAACAGGCGCUGGUGAAGAGCGGAUAGCCUGUGAAACCCCUUGGGUGCAGAAAACAUCACAUUGUUUUCCUUGAGGAAUAAAUGAAUUUGGUUUCAUCUAGUUAGUUUCCAGCUGCCAAGAUUGUUGGGAGGUUGAGUCUCCGGCUGUUUUCAGGACUCCUAUUCAGUGUCUCGGAACCUGAGAUAAGGUCUGUGUUCUCCCAGCCACUGUGGCUGCCCACUGGAGGCCGUCCCUCCCACUGCACUGGGUUCAGCCACAGGGAGCCAUGCUGGGAGACAGGGAGACAACUUCUCUUGGUGCCUUUUGUGGGAGUCUAAGCUCAUGGAAGUGUGUGUGUGUGUGUGUGUGUGUGUGUGUCUGUGCAUGUGUUUCUCAGAACAGACAGUCCCUGAGACAAGAAGGGAAGGAAAUAUUGGUGAGCACCCCUCUAGGUGUGGAUGGAUGCAGGCUCCCUGGCAGAAUUCCAGGGAGGUGGGAGGUGAGGCAGGACCUUGGAUGAGAGGACUGGACACUUUGGCUCUGGGGAACCCAGCCUGGCAAAGAUCCCAGUGUCUCAAGCUUGGAAAGUACCAAAGCUGCUAGACAGCAAGGAACAACACAGAGCUGGACAAAGGGUAUCUUGUCAGUAACCAGUAUAAAAAGUGUCUGGAAAUAUUUGUAAAUCAAUUGAUUCAUCAAGAGAGACGUCUGCUCCAUCUCCCUGAAGCAUUGGCCCUCAGAGAUCUAAUGCUACCAACUAUCGAAGUUAAACAGGACCAGGGGGGCGCCUGGGUGGCUCAGUUGGUUAAGCAACUGCCUUCGGCUCAGGUCAUGAUCCUGGAGUCCCUGGAUCGAGUCCCACAUCGGGCUCCCUGCUCGGCAGGGAGUCUGCUUCUCCCUCUGACCCUCCCCCCUCUCAUGUGCUCUCUCUCAUUCUCUCUCUCAAAUAAAUAAAUAAAAUCUUAAAAAAAAAAAAUUCUUCUGUUCCCUCUGUCACUUGUUUCUCCCGAUUCCUUCUUUCUCUUCUUAAAUGUUACUUUCCCGGGGCGCCUGGGUGGCUCAGUUGGUUAAGCAACUGCCUUCGGCUCGGGUCAUGAUCCUGGAGUCCCGGGGUGGAGUCCCGCAUCGGGCUCCCUGCUCGGCCGGGAGCCUGCUUCUCCCUCUGACCCUCCCCCCUCUCAUGUACUCUCUGUCUCUCUCAUUCUCUCUGUCUCAAAUAAAUAAAUAAAAUCUUUAAAAAAAAAAAAAAAAAAAAAACAGGACCAGGGAUCUAAUAUAGCUUUAUCAGCAAACUCGGGUCCAUCUCAGACCCUUCUUCCAGGAUGUUAUGAAAUAGAAGCCAACACAGUUCCCUCUUGGUCUCAGGGCCAUUAGUAAUACCCUGAGGAAGGGAAGAUGUAAUGUAAUGAACAAAAUGGAAAAUAAAAACGCUUCUUUGAAGUUCAGAGCAUGAAUUUUGUCUAGUAAAAUUGAAGAUUCUCAUACCUGUGUCCUAGCAACCCUAUCUGGCUCCAUAUUAUAGGAAAAAAUUUCAGAUAUGUGUACCCAGAGGCAUGUACAAAUGUUUAUUGCAGCAUUUUUUAAUAGAAAAAAGGACAUAACCUACAGAUCAGAAUUUAAAAACAAAUUAGGUAAAAAUAUAAUAUGUUAGGUAUUUCUUGACCAAAGAGAAUUUAAUAGAGGGAAUUAAUCGAAUGGGCGUCGGAGGGCUGAGAGAGCAGAAAGGGAGCCCUGAGGUUAUCCAGAGAGAGUAACUACAGAAAGCAGCUGUUACCCUUAGGGCUGGGGGAGCAAAGGAGAAGGGGUGCUCAGAGGAGAGCCCCUGAGAGCUUCAACUCAGACCUCCGAAGGGGGGCUGUUGCUGGCGGUUACUGGUAAUGUAGGAACUCAGAGGAGUUUGGAAAAGGUAGGACUUUGGACAUUAUCUGAAAAGGGGCAUUGUGUGGUGGGACUGGUCCUGAGGAGUCCCAGAAGAAGUUCCCAAAGGAGGCUGGAUCCAACCGCCACUGCCGGGGCCAUCUGCUGCUAUUCUGGCUACGUAAGAGGACUCGUCCCUAACUGUUGCCGAGUAGAGUCCUAGGAAAGGGAAGACAGAGAGGAAGGACAUCUUGGACUUGGCUGACAGAAUAUCUGCUGCAGACUGGAGGCCCUACCUCAGAUGUACUUAGACGAGGCGGUCAAGACCCUCUCCCCACUGACUGAUGUCUGAAAGCCUACGUCAACGGUUUUUCCUUUGUCCUGAAGCUUCUUCCUUUGGAGAAUGCGGAAAUCCCUGACAAAAGGCAGGAUGGGAACAAGGGAAAGGAUCAUUCCUCAAGCAUCUCCUGUGUGAGGGCAUUGCUCUUCAUGCUAAAGUAUGAAUUUACUCUGUUAAUAAUCGCUCCUGUUGGGGGAAACUUCUUUCCUUAGACAUUUAUUCUUUAAAUAUAAUCAACAUCAUUCAUUAAUUGGUUUUUUAAAUGUACACCUAUUCUUUGCAAAGCAGAGUUUAAGAAUGGCUUUUCUGGAGCGCCUGGGUGGCCCAGUAGGUUAAGCAUCAGACUCUUGAUUUCAACUCAGGUCAUGAUCUCAGGGUUGUGAGAUUGAGCCCCGCAUGGGGCUCCCCACUCAGCACAGUCUGCUUGUCCCUCUCCCUCUGCUCCUCCUCCCUUUCUCUCAAAUAAAUAAAUAAAUCUUUAUGAAAAAAAAGAAUUGCUUUCCUAAAACUCAUCUAUUAGAAUGGCUA